AUGCCUAACCUCGCUGGGGUUUUACUUGCCUUCCUUUUCGUCGUCACUUACGCCAACUAUGCCGAUCGUGAGUUCUUAGUUCUUCGGUAUGACCGAUCGAAGAUGCCAUGGGAUUUGCGUCCCGUUCAGAACUAUAUUGGGCUGUGGGCACUAACAUCCACCACUGGACGAUCCAGAGAUCUCCCGCCACCGGAUCAAAUAGACUUCGCCAUUAAUCCUGUUCCAAAAUUCGGAGCUCGUGCUAUCAAUAUCACGUAG